AUGUCAUUUGAUUCAAUAUCAGCUGGUGCGACGGGAUGUUUUCCCCGUCGUGCUCAUACGAUCAAUGCGACUGAUGAUGCACACACGCAUACAGUUGCUGUUUACAUGCACAGUUUUAAUCCGGACUGUGAGAAUGAUACAGUACAUUUGGAGGUUCAUAAGAGAUGCACAACAGAGGAAUUGAUUGAGAAAGUGUUAGCUGGAAGGGCAGAACUGGAAGGUCAAUCCGUUCAAGACUUUGAUUUAUUCGAAAUGAUGGGCACUCCAGAUGGCCAAACAUACAAAGAACGACGUCUUGAUCCUGGAGAAUAUCCUGUAGCCGUCCAAGCCAUCUGGUCACGUCUCCCGGUUGUCGUCGAUAGUGCAACACCGAAGAAUCGAUUCGUUUUCCGGCAUCGCGGAUAUCGAGCAGCAACCGGGGGGACACGAUUCGGAAGUGCCGAAGUGGCCAGUUCGAUUGAUGCGUUUUUGACAAAGUUUCUGGUUCAGCCACAGGACCGUGAAUACGCGGAUCUUUGUAUGCUACCCGAGUUAACCGAACAGACUCUUCUCGACAACUUACGGGAAAGAUUCGCCAAUGGACACAUCUACACGUACAUUGGACCAAUUCUUGUCGCUGUGAAUCCAUUUUGUUUCUUUCCAAUUUACAACCCAAAAUAUGCGAGACUGUAUUUUCAAAGCAAGCGGCUUGGAUCACUUCCACCUCAUAUUUUUGCGAUUGCAGAUGUCUGUUAUCAUAACAUGCUGCGUAUCAAAGAGAACCAAUGCGUCGUGAUAUCCGGAGAAAGUGGAUCUGGAAAAACUGAGUCAACGAAUCAUUUGAUGUCUCAUUUGAUCUCACUGUCUCAGAAAGGGUCGACUGGAUGUAGUACUGAGCAGACCCUUCUCUCUGCUGGUCCAGUUCUGGAAGCAUUCGGAAAUGCGGUCACUUUGACUAAUAACAAUAGUAGUCGAUUUGGAAAGUUUAUUAAGAUUAAUUAUCGAGAGAAUGGAAUGGUUUCCGGGGCCAACGUGGAGAUUUAUCUGCUGGAGAAGUCUCGAAUUAUUUUUCAAACGAAAGGAGAGAGAAACUACCACGUCUUCUACUACCUUCUGGAGGGAGCAGAUGAAGAGGAACGGAAGAAAUAUUUCCUUCUGAAGCCUCAUGACUACAAGUACUUGAAUCAGGCAAGAGUAAACGAGAGAAAUGAAUUCGAUCGGUUGAGACAUGCGAUGAGUUCUGUUGGAUUCUGUGCGAAGACUCAGCAGACGAUAUUUGGAAUUAUUUCGGCAGUUUUGUUACUUGGAAAUAUUACUUAUAUCAAGAGACACGGCUACCAUAGCGAUGAAAGUGGAUACAUUGAGAAUGAGGAAGUGGUGGAUCUAGUGGCAAAUUUGUUGCAUAUCAAAACGGAUACUUUGAUGCAAGCAUUGACUAUGAAGCGACAUGUGAUGAAGACGGAGACAGUGGUUUUGAGAUAUAGUGUGUCGGAGGCUACCAACACCCGCGAUGCCAUGGCCAAAUGUAUCUACAACUCCCUCUUUCAUUACAUCGUUUUGAGGAUAAAUCAAGCACUUUUGAAGAAAGAUUUCUCGGCGGGAAAAGGAUAUUAUAUAGGAAUCCUCGACAUAUUCGGGUUCGAAGACGUCGGCUCCCAGUGCAAUAGUUUCGAGCAGUUGUGUAUUAAUUACGCAAAUGAGAAACUUCAAUCCUACUUUAAUCAACAUAUUUUUCAAUUCGAACAAGAGGAAUAUUUGAAAGAAGGCAUCUCGUGGACCAAUAUUGAGUAUACGGAUAAUACCGAGUGUGUGCAGUUGUUUCAGAGUAAACCUUACGGAAUUCUUCGACUAAUAGACGAGGAAAGUAACAUUAAUAAUGGAACUGACGACUCCAUGCUGGCGAAGUUGAACCAGUUUUUGAAGAACAACGAAUACUACGAGACACCACAGAAGAAAGAGCCGGCAUUCAUCGUGGCUCAUUACGCGGGAAAAGUGAAGUAUCAGAUUACGGGAUUCCGAGAAAAAAACAAGGACUUGAUGAGACAAGAUGUGCUGAACGCUCUGAAAUCCAGCACAAGUUCUGUGAUGAAGACACUUUUGGGUAUUGACCCGGUGGCUGUUCAUCGGUGGAAUGUGGUUCGAAGUGUAUUCAGAGCAAUGAAUGCAUUCAAGCAGUCUGCGAAGAAGUUGCAGAAGAGUGAAUCCGCUGGCCAUCUCCGAGUUAUGGAUUCCAUCGUGACAUCACCUCGUCGUGGAUCCGACUCCGCCCUUUCCGCAUUCCUACGUGGAGAACUCCGUUGCGAAGUACCAGAUUUCUGUGAUACCAGUAUGUUCAACACGAUUAGAAAUCAAGCGAGACGGACGCCUGCUGGGAAAUCUGAUGAUAAAAUGAGUCUUCUGAAGUCUUUGCAAAUACUGAAAGAGGCGAUUGGAGGGAGACGACUUGCGAAGAAACCGUCAUCUGUGUCCAAACAAUUCGAGUAUUCAUUGACGAGGUUGAUGAGUACACUGGCAAAUGCGACGCCCUAUUUUAUAAGGUGUAUCAAGAGUAAUAAUGAUAAGAUUGCCAACCACUUCGAUGACAAUAUAAUCCUCCGCCAACUCCGUUACACCGGAAUGCUUGAAACUGUCAGAAUCCGUCGUGCCGGAUAUUCCGUCAGAAUCGAGUACCCGAGCUUCGUUCAACAAUACCGUAUCCUCCUCAGAAACGGGCGGGAUAGUACUGUAGAUGACGUGAAAGAGUUUGUUCAUUCCCAUCCAUCAAUCGAUAAUGACAAUAUCCAGUAUGGAAUUCAUAAGAUAUUUAUGAGAGAUGCUGAGAAAUUGAUACUGGAUGAUCACUUACAUCGGACGAUUAUGCAGAGUAUUGACACGUUGCAAAGAUGGUUUCGAACUAUGUUGGCAAGGAAGAGAUAUCUGAGAAUGAAGGAGGGAAUUAUCAAGAUUCAAGCACUAAUAAGAGGCUCGAUAGCUAGAAAUGAAGUGAGGAGGAAGGCGUUGGCAGCUCAGACAAUUCAAUGCAACUGGAAAACUUAUAAGGAAAGACGGAAGUAUUUAUCGACGAGAGCCGCCGUGAUAGGGAUACAAUCUGCAUUCCGAGGCGCGGCGAUUCGAAAGAAAAUUGCGGAAAUUCCAAAGAAUAAUGGGAAUGGAGGAGUGAAUAAUAUCAAGAAAUCACCGUUUAGAGUCAGAAAAGUUCAUGCUGUCAAUCUGACGAAAUUCGAUUUGAAUGACCCGAAUUCCCUUGCUGCAUUUGCACUUUCUGAUGAUGAUUCGGAUAGUGAUAAGUCAACUCAGGAUGGAUUGGAUGAUGAUAUUUCAGAGGAGAGUGAUGCGUUUCAAGAUGAUGACGCCGUCGAUGUGGAUGCAACUUUUAUUCUAGAAGACACAAAACUGAAAUUAAUCGAAGGAGCAGAUUUAUCACAUCAUAGAAGACAAUCACUUGCUCCAACAGCUUCAACGACUAAAUUGAAAAUGUUAAGAAGAGCAAAUAGUACGGAAUCGAAUAACUUCUCCGUCUCGAGAUGUGAUGACUCGUUUACAUUUCAGCUCAGUCCAACUCACUCGAAAAAGAAGACAGCAGGCGCCGGAAAAUUGGGAUUCCAAAAAGCGAAAAAGAACUUGAAAGCGUUAUUUGGAAGGAAGGAAGACGAGGAAGAACCGUCACCUGGACCGAGUUUUUCGAGUGAAUUAACUCCUGAUGUAUUCAUUGCAAAGGAGCAUCAAUUCAAGAUGUCACGUCUUCAUAGACAGGAAAUUUGUGCUCUUUGUAACAGGCAUCUCACGAAUUUUAUAUCACAGGCGCAUAAGUGUCAGAGAUGUAAAAUGUGUCUUCACAAGGAAUGUUUCGUGUUCGCCUCAUCGAUUCCUUGUAACCCGACGUCUCCAGUUCGAUCACCAACACGCCUACAUUCACCGAAAAGGCCGUGGGAUUUGAUGCCCCACAAACAGCGGCAGUCUUCAUCUCCAAUUCCGACUGGAACUUUCAGCUUAACCAAAACAAAACAACAGACGGAUCCUGGAAAUAUGGUAGUCGAAUCAACAGAAGAUCUCCGUCAAUUCAGUGUUUUCAUUUUCAACAAGACGUCUGGGUUGGCUGGAAGUGCGACGAAAAGGGAUACGGUAGUGGAUGCCGUAUUCAAAAAGUCUCUCAGAGCAUUCCACAUGGAGCUGUUAGGUUAUGAAGCUGUAUUAUCGGUCGAUCAAUCCGUUCUGAAAUACCGUGACGUCAUCACAAUGUUCGAGGGACUCCUUACAAAAACGUGUAUGGAAGAGAAUGUUUCCUUCCCGACAACUCUCGGAGUCAAUGCAUUCAGAGGGUUUUUGAAUGAAUUCAUGCAUACGCAGUCGAAGAAAAAACGAGGAAAAGAGAAGUCGUCGAUGAUAAAGGUCCACGCUGGUCACAGAUUCCGUGCUGACGUUGUCCACGUCCCCACUUACUGUGAAGUAUGUAAUCAACUCAUCUGGCACCACGAGAAGCUAUUCAUUUGUGUCGCCUGCCGGAUUUCUUGUCACAAAAAAUGUCAGCCGAAAGUGACGCAUCCGUGUCAUUUAAUUGGGAAGACUAUUGAUCCGCAGACAAAUGGCGGCAGAUUUUUCGGAGCAUCACUAACGUCCAUCAUUGACGACGAUCAUACGGUACCUCCACUUUUGGAUAGACUUUUCUUUGCGAUUGAGACGAGAGCUCUGUUUGUGGAGGGAGUUUAUAGAAAAAGUGGAUCACUUCCUCAAGUCAGAAGCAUCCGGAAAGUGAUUGAGUCGACAGCAGACGCCGAAUCCGUGAACCUCGAGGAUGCGGGUGUCCAUGUACUCACCACUCUCGUCAAAGCGUUCUUCCGUGAACUCGCCGAACCCAUUAUCAUUUUUGAUCUCUAUGAAAACUUUUUGAAUGUCUCAGAAGUGGAAGAUAUGAGUGAACGAGUGCGUUGUCUCUCGGUCAUGAUCGAGCUCCUUCCAAAACCAAAUCGAGCCGUUUUGGACCGUCUAAUGUAUCAUUUGGCACGUGUAGCAGACCAGGAAGCUGUCAAUAAAAUGGGAUGUAACAAUCUUGCUCUAAUCUUCGGUCCAUGUGUUUUGAGAAGACAAGAUAGUGCUCACGCUCAGGAGCAGCUGAAUGAUGUGGGAAGACAAACGGGUUGUGUUCAAACUUUAAUUGAGGAGAAACUGAAACAGUACAAGGCGACAUUGCAUAAUAUUGUCGAGUUGGAGGACGCUAGUCAUAAGGUAUCCGCCAACUUACGCAAAAUCGAGGAGCAUCGUAGGAACAGCGAGCCAUCGAAAACGUCGCCGAACAUCGGAACAGCCAAACAACUUUUCGAGGAGCAAUUGGAGUUUUUGGGGAAACAAAAAGAACGUCUGCUCCAAGAGCUGCCGCCUCUCGCGCCCGUCGCCUCAUCCGAAGAUCUCUCGUCAUCCGAUGAGAACGCCGCUGCCUCCAGCUCCCUAUCCGUCGAAGAAUACGCACUUGAUCUCGAUGCACCGCCCGUCUUCUGUCUACUCAGAUAUCCGAAUAAGCUCCGCCCACCGGGUCCACCACAUCGAAGACGUCCUGAUUGGGAUCUUCGGAGAAAGGCAUUCGCCAAUUCACGUGGAAUUGUAUCGUUUUAUUCCUCACCGGUUUGA